CCUAUCUGUGGUAAAAGUUUCAGUGAGAAUUCCAACCUGGUAAUACACCAGAAGAUUCACACAGGAGAGAAACCGUUUGAAUGUCCUGAUUGUGGGAAGUGUUUCAUUAGAAAUUCCGACCUCAUGAGACACAAGAGGACUCACACAGGAGAGAAACGUUUUGAAUGUCCUAUGUCUGGGAAAAGUUUUAGUGAUAAUUCCACACUGGUGAGACACCAGAAGACUCACACAGGCAAGAAACCCUUUGAAUGUCAUCAAUGUGGGAAAAGUUUCAGUCAGAGUUCCCACCUGGUAAUACACCUGAGGACUCACACAGGAGAGAAACCCUUUGAAUGUCCUAUCUGUGGGAAAAGUUUUAGUGAUAAUUCCACGCUGGUGAGGCACCAGAGGACUCACACAGGAGAGAAAUCCUUUGAAUGUCCAGAUUGUGGAAAACGUUUUAGUCAGAAUUCCCACCUCAUGAGACACCAGAGAUCACACACAGGAGAGAAACGUUUUGAAUGUCCUAUCUGCGGGAAAAGUUUUCGUGAUAAUUCCAGCCUGGUGAAACACCAGACAACUCACACAGGAGAGAAACACUUCAAAUGUCCUUACUGUGAGAAAAGUUUCAGUCAGAAUUCCUGCCUGAUAAUACACCAGAGGACUCACACAGGAGAAAAACCCUUUGAAUGUCCUAUUUGUGGGAAAAAUUUCAGUCAAAAUUCCCACCUCAGGACUCACCAGAGGACUCACACAGGAGAAAAACUGUUUGAAUGUCCUGACUGUGGAAAAGGUUUUAGUCAGAAUUCCCAUCUCAUGACUCACCAGAGGACUCACACAGGAGAGAAACGUUUUGAAUGUCCUGACUGUGGAAAACGUUUUAGUCAGAACUCCCACCUCAUGAGACACCAGAGGACGCACACAGGAGAGAAACCCUUUGAAUGUCCUGAUUGUCAGAAAAGUUUCAGUCAGAAUUCCUACCUGGUAAUACACCAGAGGACUCAUACAGGAGAGAAACCCUUUGAAUGUCCUGAUUGUGGGAAAAGUUUCAGUCGGAAUUCCUACAUGUUAAUACACCAGAGUACUCACACUGUGGGGAAACCUUCAAAUGUCCAGUCUGUGAUCUUUACUUCAAGUAUAAAUCAUCCCUUAGUGCACACAAGGAAAUCCACAUGAGGCAAAAGUUGAAGAGUUUAUAGAGAAGGAUUGAAUGUCAUUUGUGAUCUCCCAUUCACAAAGUGUAGAUGAGAAAUUGACUGAUUUCUGGCCUGUUUUUUUGUAUUCAACGUUUUCUCAGGGUUAAACCUAUAGAUGGAAAGAACAGGAAAGUGGGAAAUGGUUCACUGCAAUUUUCUGGUUAUUAGCAGAAUCUUCUAGGUAUUUCCUUUUGCAGAAAAAGUGGAAUUCCUCAAAAAGGAAUUUUGGAUGGUGCUUUUGUAUGUUGAUUAUGGACCCACUUGUGGAGUUUCAGUCUUUUACUUGGGUUUCACCAAGAUUAUAAGCUCCAGAAUUCCCCAGCCAGCAUAAAAGUAGUCCUCAAGAUACAACUAUUAUGGGCCUUGCGAUUAUAUUUGCAUGUUGCAAUGACUUUUAAGUGCAACUGCUUUCCUUAACUACCUGAAUCCCCUUGCUCUCCCUGAGGCAACCAUUAUUCAAAUGUGCGAGUUGCUAAGCUGAACUGGCUAACUUGGUGCUGGGGAAAAUAAUACUGAUAGGGAAUUAAUGUUGCAUGUUCCAUUAUUAAUGGUAUCAAGCUAGCAAGCUAGCAAUAGUCCCCUCCUUUUUCUUCUUCUUCCCUUGGUGUGGUUGUUGCUUCUUGCUCUUUUUCUGUGGUGAUGAAUGAAUCCUUUGGAGGCCUGAAUCAAAAGUGGUAUUCAGCAGGUUCCAAAUAGUUCUGGAGAACCGGUAGCAGAAAUUUUGAGUAGUUCAGAGAACCGGCAAAUUUCACCUCUCACUGGAGGUUUUACAGUAUCCUUCUCCUGCCACACCCAUCAAGCCAAGCCCACAGAACCGGUAGUAAAAAAAUUUGAAUCCCAUCACUGGCCUGAAUAAGCAAGUUAGGAACAAUCAUCAUGGAGAAAGUCUUAUCGAUAUGAUCAAUGGAUGAAAAUGACUUGAUGGUGCAUAAUCAAUGAAAAAAAUACUGUAACUGUCUUAGGUAGAGAUGGAACAACAUGGUUUUCAGCUCUAUGUCACUAAAUGGCACACUAUAGAUAAGCAACAGCCACAAUAGACAACUAGAGAAUAGAGUACAGCAAAGUGUUGGUAAUUGAGGGCAAAAGAGUUUAAAUAUUUGAGCAAUAGAUUCCUAGAGAGGAUUUGGAGGAGAACAGCAGGAGAAAUGCAGGCACCAGUUUUAAGAGAGCACAGAUGGCAAAAAGGCAGGAAAGAAGGAAAUUCCCCCUUUUCACUCAAGGCAACCAAUCACAGCUUAGAUUGCCUCAUGCAGUAGCCAGCUCUCUUUAAUCAAUCAGCUGUAAUGGUGUGUUCUGACUCUUUACACAAUCCCCACUGUUCCAGUUAUAAAUUUAAACAUCUUGAUGCCCCUCCAAUUUAUAGUUGGAUAGCAUUUUAAUGAAGUUGUUUCAGAAGGUCCUUUAAGAACUAUCAAAAGACAAGCAAAACAAAAAAAAACCUAAGAAGUAACUGGGGUUUUUAAACACAGACCAUUUUGCUAGUUAAUCAUAUUUUAUGUAUUUUAAUAAAUAACGACAGGAAGCUCCUAAUAAAUAACUGGAUUUUUUUUGCAGCUUGGCUUGAGACUGCUGAUUUAAUUAGGGCAUCUGUUGGAAUCCUGACACUAAAUUUUUGCCAGCUCAAAGAUGAAUUAUGUGGUGUGUGAUUGUUAUGUUCUAGAGAGGGGAAUGAUUGGAAUUGUGCUGGCCACAAACUGAAGUGGGAAUUAUAAUAAGCUGGCAGGUGAUUGGUGUGCUUCUACCCUUGCUUAUCUUUUCUGUUUAUUUCCCUCACAAAGCAUCCCUUUUCUUGUUUGCCCUACUAAUUUUCUGGUUAGCUUUCCUUUCAUGCGGGAAUCCGGAUCUCACAGCCAGCAACAUCCCUGCCCACCCUGGCUCCUUUUGCCCGGAGCCCAGUGCAGUGGUAACAGUAGGGGGUGGCACUUGCUCACCAGCCCACACAUCCCACAUUACUAGCCUGUGAAGCCUAUACAAUCUGCCCACACACUCACUCCCGCAGCAAGUUAGUCAUGUCAAGUUGUCCUGUAAGGAGUUGGAAGAGGCAAGUUGCCCAUUUUGCCAGAUAGUUUCAAAUUUAAACAUGU